GGAGGAACCCUCUUCAUGCCACCAUUAGACACCUGUCAGAGCAGGUGGAGGACUGACGGCUGGAGACCUGAGGUUUUCUUGUCUUUUAGUUUCUUCCAGACUUGUUUUCAUGUUUUAAACCACGUCUUCAGAGGACUUCAUGUUGCAACUCUGAUCGGUUCUGACCUGAUUUUUGUUCUGAGGCCAAACCCAGUCUAGAGGCGUUAGUUGCUGGUUUCAGAAGCAGCGACUGGUUGUGGGAUCAUGGCAGACUUCCCCUCCAAGGUUGUCACAGAGACCAGCUCCCCCCACUCCCAGAGCUCCCACCAAGGGGGGGGCAGCCUCAGAGGACUGGCGGCCAGCGUCACGACCAGGAUGGACAUGUCGUUUGUGAGAAGCAUCCCAGCCAUGCUCAUGGUGGCUGAAACAGUUACAGGCUUGCUUCACUGGGCCCUGAUCGCCGGCACCAACUACAUGGACGAACCAGCAUACGGCUGGGUGAUGUUUGUGGCCGUCACCCUGUGGAUCCUCACCACUCUCCUCUUCCUCAUCCUUCUACUCAGUGUCCCACAGAGACUCGCUGUCGUUCCCUGGGCGAUGACGGUGAUGAUGUACAACGGUGUCGCCACGGUCCUCUACCUCACUGCUUUCCUAACCAACGCAGCCACUGUGAAUGUCUUCAUGAAAUCCGACUUCUACGGACACUUUGGAGCUGCUGCUUUCUUUGGUGCAGUGCUGACCCUGCUGUACGGUGCUAGUGCUUACCUGUCCUACCUAGACUGGAGGGGCAAUGGAGGAAAUGCAGCCACCAGCACUGUGCCCACCUAAGACUGGUGGUUUGGAGCUCAUCGCAGACCAUCAGCACCAGCCUUUGAUAUAAACAUGAAUAUCAACAGCCAGGGGCCUGGUAAUCAUCCUGGGCUGAGCAACACUUAAAUUUAUUUCUCCAAAUUCAUAUUUUUGCCUCAGAAACAAGGAAACUGUUGAAGGUUUACCUUAAUUUAUGAAGGUCUGACCUGAGGUUGGGAAAUAACUCCACCAGCAGCACCUAAACAUCUUUAAGAGAAAAGUUAGGAACUCUGAGGAACGUAGGAUCCCAGUAUAGGAACCAUGUGGAACUAAAACAUAAGGCUCAGCUAACCACUGGUGGUUUGUUCUCAUCUUUCAGGCAGAGAGGUUUCAAUCUUCACAUUGAACUUGCAGGCUAAUAUGUUUGUUAAGGUUAGUCAUCAUCCCCGACUGUCAGGAGAGGAAUUAUUCCAGACUUUGAAAUACUUUUUUCAAUAAAAUCUGUUAAAUGCAUAGUGGACGGCAUUUGAUGUGAGAAGAAAAUACAACUUUAUAAAUAUUUUUAUAAAUUUAUAUUAAUUUCAUAAUUUUUUUAAGAAUAAUAAAAGUUUCUGAAAUCAGCAAAAUUACUAUGGGUGUUAAACAUUUCUCAGAGAUUUCUGUUUAGAUCAGACUGUCUUCGGUUCGUUAUUCAUCAGUUGAAAGAAAGAUGUUUACUUCAUGUUUACAAGGAAUUACAGAGCAUUAUACACAUCGUGUUAAUAUACUUUUCAUAAAACCCAUUCAGAACCCAGUCAGAUGAAUCUUUGUGAACUAAACAGAACUGGGUCUUCUAAGCAGUGGUCAGUGAUUUCCAGGACCGCUCUGCAAUUCUGCAACCUUUAUGUGGUUUUAUGCUGUAAUGACAUUUUUUAAGACUAUUUUAUUUCAGAAUGUUUGUGCUGAGUUGGAUCAUGCUUUUACAAUAAAGAACUUACAGGUUGGACUAAAA